GAACUGAUCACUAAAUUAGCAGGUUUAAAGCGCCCCUUUGUAAGAGGGCCUGAUUAAUUGUCCAAAACAUUUAUAAUGUCGGAACUACGGAGUAAAAAACAGCUUCGUCGGGACAUCUAAGAUCAUUUCAUUGCCUGUCAACAGUAGAAAGCAGCUAUCAGAAUUUAGCUUGUCUUUCGUGUUUGUUGACCUCUUACUGAAUUAGCACCUAGUCUAGCAUGAAUGCAAUCUCACAAGGGGCUUAUCGUCUGCGGCACAGCAGUACAUGAAAUCGACGGGGAAUUUUUCUGACAAGACCAGCUCCUCCUGGCCAAAUCAAGUACUGAUUGUCAAGUUAUUGCCGAGUUUCGACCUUGGUAGCCGCAAGAAUGGUCCAUCACCAAGUCUUUUUCUCCCUGCUCUCCGCCGCCCUUGUCUCAGCACAAUCCACCAGCAUCGUCUCCCUUUUUCUUGGAUCCUCUGUGGCCGGCGUCUCCACCGGCGCAACGGGCUAUGUUGUCGACGCCAGCCCCACCGCCACGACCUAUGUUCUCGACUGCGUGAAAGCGUUGUGCGUCGGCUCCAAGCGCGCCGAGUACGCGCGCGUCACCGCCGCCCCCGGAGUCCAGGAAUACAACAAAGACAACGACGGGACGGCCGUCCACCAGGAAUGUAGCUUCGUCGGUUCGACGGAGGCGACGUGCGUCGAGACAACAACCGUCACUGGUGAAGCCAUGUAUAUUGCGACUGUGACAUACGUGCCUGCGUCUCGGGUCCCGAGCCAUCGGGGACAGGAGAACAUUUUUACCUACCCGGGACUGCAGGCCGUCUUGAUUACUUCUGCGGCGACAACGGCAACAGCAACAACGACGCCAUCAACGACAGCCUCAACGACUGGUGAUUCAACCACUGCUACUUCUCAGUCGAGCAGCGGGACAGGAAACGCGACGAAUGACGCUGCGUCUUCAACAGGAGCUGGGAAAUUCGUGUACGGUGUCGCAGCCUUAGCUGCGCUAGCCAUGGGAGUGUAGUUGGCUGCAUCUUACGAGUGACUUCUAAAUGAGUUAGAGUUAGUUCGAAAUAGGGUGUGACUUGCAUGAGCGGUGAUGUACAAAUAAUGAAUAGACAUCAGUGAUUUCUGUUAGAUAAAGAUAGGGCAUAUCCCAAUCAUUGUCAAGCAUGAAGUAGUCAGAAUAAAAAGUCAGA